GGUGAAACUUCCGGCUCCAACGGCUUGGGGUUUAUGCUGACGGAGCGGAGCGAGCAGCGCCAGGAUGGUGCUGCUGGAGAGUGAGCAGUUCCUGACGGAGCUGACCAGGCUCUUCCAGAAGUGCCGGUUGUCGGGCAGCGUGUUCAUCACCCUGAAGAAGUAUGAUGGUCGAACUAAACCCAUUCCAAGGAAGGGUUCUGUGGAGGGCUUUGAGCCCUCAGACAACAAGUGUCUGUUAAGAGCUACUGAUGGGAAAAAGAAGAUCAGCACUGUGGUGAGCUCCAAAGAAGUGAAUAAGUUUCAGAUGGCUUAUUCAAACCUAUUGAGAGCUAACAUGGAUGGGCUGAAGAAGAGGGACAAAAAGAGCAAGAGUAAGAAGAGCAAAGCAGCGCAGUGAAGGGCACUGGCUUUCCCGCUUUCACCAGUUAACCACUGAAUUGCUAUUUUUCCUUUGGUUUUUACUUUUGGCCACAAAGCUGGGUUUCUGAUUCCCCUACAAUAACUGUUUUCAUGUGAGAUUAGGGUCAUUUUUGGAUGGAAGAAGGGCUGCAGUGUUUACAGGGUAGUUACAAGAAGCCAGUUUAUUUUAUAUCUGGCUAAGUGGUUUGUGUUGUAUGGUUGUAUGUUUCUGGAUAAUAGUUUACAGUCUCUGUAGCCGUCUGUGAAGAGCAAUGUAUCAUUAAACCUGUAUUUAUCAGUA